GGCGUGGCUGCAGGACGGGCAGCAGAGCGGGGAGCAGCUGUGGGAGACUCCGGCUGGAGGCAGGGCAGGGAACAUGCUGGAGCAGCAAGGGAUGGACGUGGAAGGUGUGACUGAUUUCAAAGCCCUCAGAGCAAAAUUUCAAAAUGACUCUGACUUGGCUAACAAGCUGGCGCAAACCACUCAAAAGCCUUCCACUGAGAUCUCGUCCAAGCUGGGCUCUGGAGGGAAUGCUGUGUCCAGCCCUCUGCCCCUGAGUAAGAGAGGUGUGAAAAUAAUAAAACCUGCCCAUCCUGCCUCCCAACCCUCUGUGCUCGCCCAACACAGCCCCUUAGCAUGGCCUCGAGCCAAGCUGGGUUAUGUGGAAGCCAAUGGGGGACAACAAAGAGCAACGAGAGCAACAUCUCAGGGAAAGGACUGAGUUCUCCCCAGAAACAGUUUGGAAAAGCCUCUGUUGUCGUGUAGCACUGAUCAACAAGGAUGGCAAACAGCUCCAGUGGACCCUCAGCUCCCAGAUUCUUUCCACCACAUCCUACAGAUCUGGGAAGAGGCUUUAUGCUGCAAUGAGAAAGCAAGUGCAAUACUCCCAAUGCAGCAGGCAGCAAACUUACAUGCACCCUUGUCCGGAGCAGAGGGUGACACGUGCUCCUGUGCAUGGGACAGCGACAGGAUGCGACCCUCUGGAAAUAAGGCUGUGCUGGACUGGCAUACCAAGAAGAAGGAUGCUCUGUAUGGCAGUGGGACAGCUCUUCCCCAGGCUUCCAGAGGACACAGGAGCUCUGAUGGGGCAGGUGCUGAGGGCACGGUGGCAACUGCAUUCUGCCAGGGGUAUCGUCCACCAAGAGAGAAACCACAGCACCAGAAAGGUACAAAAUUGGAGCCUCCCUUCUGCCAGCCCAGAGCAGGAAAAUGGUCUUACAGCCCCAUGAACAAGUGGCCAAGAAUGAAACCUCUCCCUUCAGCUGAAUCCCUGGGUCCUGCCCCUGGGAAGCCUCCAAGACCCCCAAAGCCAGUUGACCUCAGUACUUUCCGAAGCAUCCUGCCUUUGGUCCACAGAGGAAAUGAAAUAACUGCUGGUGAAGAGGAUUACUUGAGCCCCGAAAGUGCUCAACUUGAAGAGCAGAAUAAUUAUGAAGAAACCCCGAUGUACCUGAAUCAGUCUGGGGACACCACAACCUUGUGUGUCAUUGAAGGUACUUUACAAGUACCUAAGGCAGAGCCUCAGGAGCACAAGAAACAGAAGAUUUUUCCCUUUGCCAAAUCCAGUCCUGAAAGAGCUACAAUAGAGGAUGAAAAAGAGGGAAAACCAAGUCAUGAAAGACAGAAACUGGAAGUGAAGAAAAUUUUCAAGACAGGUGGAAAUGAAUACAUGUCUCCCAGUAGUCGAACCAAGGAAGAUGGCAGAGAUGGGAUGAAGGUCCUGCAAGGGAAGCAGGAUGUGACCAGUACCCUGCCUGCAAAGUACCCUACCCUACAAGGGCUGGCAAAAGACAGAGCUGAGCUCUUGCACAGCAUGGAUGUUGGUGCUCCAAAGCCAGGGAUAGAAAGAACAGCCUUGAACCAAAACACUUGGCAGCCUCUGCAGGCACCAGAGGAUAUAUACGAUGAUAUUGCAGAAUUGCAAGAUGGACUCAGCUACGGGUCAAAUGCCUCAAGUUCCUUCACUUCAGACAGCUUUUCAGGAAACAGCUACGAGGAAACAUAUGAAGAUGUUGAGAUUGGAGGUGAUAAUCCAGCAAAACCAGAAACAGAAAAACAGAAGAGAUUUGGAAACCUGUUUAAGAUAGAAAAGUUGAAGCUGAAUAAUUUCAGGCUCAAGGAAAACCUAAGAUUGGUUUCCAUUUCGGUACCAAAUUUAGCAUCUGUAUCCCAGGAGGACCAGGUGUAUGACGAUAUCGAGGUGGGGCAGAGAGAGCCCAGAGAGAAGGAUGACAAGUUCAAAAUCCGGAUGCCAAAACUUCGAGUGGCGAAAGAGUAUAGAGACAAAAGGAAAAGCAUCGUCGAUGUGGAAAGAAAUAUCUUCAAAUUCAAGAAGACCAGUGAAGAAAAAAGCAGGAAGAGAGAAAAAGAAGAGAAGUUCUUUAGAGAAACAUUUGUGUAUGAUAAGGAGAUCAGUGUCAUCAACACAGCCAUUGCUGAGUGCUCGGUCCCCAGUGAGAGGAGAGUGGAUCUCCCUGUCACAGCUGGAGAACAGCUGGAUGUCAUUGAUGUCACGGAGGGCCACGCAGUGAUCUGCCGAAAUUCAGAGGGCAGAUAUGGGUACGUUCUAGUGGAGCACUUGAACUUCAGACAGUACUAACUUCCCUGAGAUCUACUCUCCCCUGGACCAUCCCUGAAAGUCUCCGUUGUGCUUCCUGCAUCCAGGAGAGCCCACGUUGGUCAACUGUGGAGUGAUGAUGCCCAUGUAAAUAAAGCUGAAUUAUUUUUUGUACUGUUAAA